CUUAUUUUAUGGCUCCUGGUGUGAGCUGAGCACAAGUCUUCCAUGCUAGUCUUCUCCUUCUGCCAUUGCAAGUCUUGCAGAAACAUAUCCUCUUCUCCAUCUUCUCUUCCCGUACGCCGCCGGCCCCUCCGCUGCGACCGCUACUGCCCCGCCUCUGCUACUGCUGCUCUGUCAGCCUAGGCACCCAAGAAGGUCAGUGCUUGGCGGUUGUCUCCAUUUACCUCCAAAGCGCUUCCGCAGACCAUCCUCUUCUCCACUCCAAAGUGUCUUCUCAUUUCUCAGCGUGCGUUCUCGUGAGCUCUGACUGCUCCAAUGGCCGAGCUUGUGGGCAGCAUGGUGGUCGGGCCACUGCUGUCUCUGGUGAAGGAGAAGGCGUCCAGCUACCUCCUGGACCAGUACAAGGUCAUGGAGGGCAUGGAGGAGCAGCACAAGAAGCUCAAGGUCAUGCUGCCGGCCAUCCUGGAAAGGAUCACUGACGCAGAGAAGCAGGCAACCUCCAGAGAAGCAAUCAGACCCUGGCUUCAGGAGCUUAAGGUGGCGGCGUACGAGGCCAUCCAAGUCUUCGAUGAAUUCAACUAUGAGGCCCUCCGUCGUCAAGCCAAGAAAGAGGGGCGCUACAUCAAGCUCGGCAUGGAUGCAGUAAAACUCUUUCCCACUCACAACCGCAUCAUGUUCCAUUACAGGAUGGGCAACAAGCUUUGCAAGAUUGUGCGUGAUAUUGAUGCCCUUGUCAAGCAUAUGCACGACUUUGGGUUCGACAAACAGCCACAAGCGCAGGUUCAGAUAAAUUAUCUGCGUGAGAAUGACUCCACCAUGGUUGAUCCAGAGAUUGUCAGCAGAUCCAGAGAUGAAGAGAAGCAAAAGAUUGUUAGAAUGUUGGUCAAAGAACAAGCUAACAAUAAGGAUCCAAUGGUCGUUCCCAUUGUGGGGAUGGGUGGGUUGGGCAAGACCACCCUAGCUCAGCUCAUCUUUAAUGACCCUGAAGUGAAGAAGCAUUUCCACCAACUAAUGAAGUGGGUCUGCGUGUCAGAUGAUUUCGAUGUUUGUAACCUUGCCAACAAGAUCUGCAACGCUUCUGAGAGCAACCUGGAGAAUGCCUUGCAGAAGCUUCAGAGAGAACUCGCUGGAAAGAGGUAUCUUCUUGUAUUGGACGACGUCUGGAAUAAGGAUGAUAACAAGUGGAACAAGCUGAAUGCUUGUCUUAAACAUGGUGAUGUUGGUAGCGCCAUACUAACGACAACCCGUGAUAAAGAAAUAGCUCAACUCAUGGGUAUAGAUAAAGAACAUGGCAUUGCACGUUUGGACAAUAAAUUCAUCAAGGAAAUUAUUGAGGCUAAAGCAUUCAUUUCGCAAGAGAGAAAACCAGCUGAUUUAGCUGGCUUGGUUGAUGACGUUGUUGAGAGAUGUGCAGGGUCUCCAUUGGCAGCGAAGGCACUAGGAUCUGUACUACGUGGCAAGACAACGGAAGAAUGGAAGGCUGUGCUUAGCAAAAGCAUCGCCCAUAACAAGGACGAUCAAAUCCUGCCUAUUCUCAAGCUCAGUUACGAUGACCUGCCAUCACACAUGAAGCAGUGCUUCGCUUUCUGUGCUGUGUUUCCCAAGGACCAUGAGAUUGACGUGGAAAUGCUGAUCCAACUAUGGAUGGCAAAUGACUUUAUUCCCGAACAAAAAGAUGCUCAUCAUGAAACAAUUGGUAAACAGAUUUUCAGUGAGCUGGUCUCAAAGUCAUUCUUUCAAGAUGUGAAGCAAGUCAAAGGGGAAAGAUAUGAUUCCGUGUAUUGGUAUUUCUCUACAAGUACAUGUAAAAUCCAUGAUCUUAUGCACGAUGUGGCACUUUCUGUCAUGGGCAAAGAAGUUGCUACCAUAACUGAGAAGCCAAAGCAGAGUGAUGAGUUUCUUCAGAACACUUGUCGUCAUAUAUUGUUAUCAUGUGAGAAGCCAGAGGCCGUUUUGAAUGAUUCUCUGAAUAUAAGGUCUCCAGCUAUGCAAACACUACUAUGUGGUCAGCGCAUAGGAAAUUCCCUGCAGCAUCUCGCAAAAUACAGCUCUCUGCGUGCAUUGGGACUUUGGCAGGAUAAGAGCACAAUCCUACUGAAACCAAAGCAGCUACAUCUCUUGAGGUAUCUUGAUAUCUCGGGUAGUGAUAUAGUGGCACUUCCGGAAGAUAUCAGCAUUUUGUACAAUCUGCAAACGCUGAAUGUUGCGCACUGUCGCAAACUUGGCCGGCUUCCAAAGGGAAUAAAGUACAUGACUGCCCUCCGUCACCUCUACACUCACGGAUGUAAGGAGUUGAAGCGCAUGCCACCAGAGGUUGGACAUCUCACUUCCCUGCAAACACUUACAAAUUUCGUAGUGGGUGCAGGCCCUGAUUGCAGUAGUAUUGCAGAGCUGCAGCAUUUAAACAACCUUGGUGGUCCACUACUGCUUAGUCAACUCGAAAAUGUGACAAAAGCAGCAGAUGCAAAACAGGCCAAUCUUGGAAAUAAAAAGGAGCUCAGGGCAUUGUCAUUAACGUGGACACGUAGUGAGGGGGAGAAACAACAUUGUCAUAAGGUGCUGGAGGGUCUGGAAGCUCCUCCUGGACUAGAGGCUCUGAGGUUAAAGUAUUACCAAGGAACCAGUUUCCCAACAUGGGUGGGUACGCGGCCAAAAAUGGUGGAGCUUCAUCUUUCUGACUGUAACAAGUCCAAUAAGCUUCCUCCACUUGAGAGUGUACCAGCUCUACAAGUUCUUCGUCUGGAAAGAUUGAAAAAGCUGGAAAGCUUGUGCAGUGGUGGUACAUUCUUUCACUUUCCUAAUCUGAAGGAGCUUACGCUGGAAGACCUGCCGGAAUUUGAUAGAUGGUGUGAAGUAAACUGGGUCCAAGGAGAACAGAUAAUGUUUCCUCAACUUGAGAAAUUGUUUAUUACAAAUUGUGGAAAGGUUACAGCAUUACCAGGGCCAGCACUUCUCGGAGGAUCGUGCUGUGGAGAUUACAAGGAGCAAGACGAGAGGAAGCUUUGGUCGGCAUUUCCAGUCCUGAAGGAACUCGAAUUAAAAUGCUUAGCAAAGUUUCAGAGGUGGGGGGGCGCUGCUGAAGCAACUCAAGGGCUGCAGAUAAUAUUUCCUCAGCUUGAAAGUUUAUCAAUUUACAGAUGUAAAGAGUUGACAGCACUGCCAGAGGGGCCUGAGCUCGGAGCAGCACCGAAGGUGCUAAAAUCACAAGACUUGGAGCUUGGGACAACAUUGUGUGGUGGAGAUUAUGGAAAGGCACGAUCAUCCUUUCCAGCACUGAAGGUACUAACAUUGUUUUGGUUGGACAACUUUCAGAGCUGGGAGGCAACGGAAGCAGAUCAAGGAGAUACAAUAUUUCCAAAUCUUGAAGAGUUAUCAAUCGAAAAGUGCCCCGAACUGGCAGCAUUACCAUCAGCUACAUCUCAGGGAGUAUCAUUUGACCAUAGUGGUGUUACAGCAUGGUCAACAUUCCCAAACUUAAAGAAGCUCCAGUUAUGUUACUUAGAUAGUUUUAAGAGCUUGGGGAUGACGGAAGAUCAGAGAUUCCCUGACCUUGAGACUCUGUUUGUUGAGAAAUGUCCCAAGUUGACAACUCUACCGAGGGUGAUAGAAGCACCAAAGCUCCGUGUAUUAGAAAUAUAUGGCAGCCAACUGACAGCAAUAAUUGUGCCUACAGUUAUUAACUCAUUGUCCGAACUGGUGUUAUCAGUCGAAGACACAGAAACUACUUUACCAACUGUGCAUGGUGCCUUUGAGCUGGUGGACGCCAAUAAUAAAUACCCUCUGACAGAUCUGGAGCUAAGCGGCUGCAACUUUCUGUUCCCCUCAAGUCCACUGGCACUAUGGACAUGUUUUGUCCAGCUCCAACGUUUGACAAUGAAGAUCAACCAUGCGCUUGUCUACUGGCCGGAAAAAGAGUUCCAGAGCUUGGUAUCCUUGAGGCACCUUACCAUUUGGAACUGCAGUGGUCUGAUUGGGUACGCGAAAGCUGCUCCUGGCCAACCAAUAUCAGAAAGGACCCAAGUUCUGCCCCGUCUCAAGUCUCUAGACAUACAGGAUUGUGGAAGUCUGGUAGAGGUCUUCAACGUCCCCGCAUCUCUCGAGACGAUGGAUUUGCGCCGCUGCCCCAAGCUUAAGUCCAUAUUCGGAGAGCAACAGGACGAGCCAACAUUCAAUCAAGGGCCCAGCGCUGCACCGAAGCUGUCAUCAUCGGCCCAGGAUCACUUACUACUUCCAUGUCUUGAAUAUCUAAGAAUAUGGCGGUGCGAAAGCUUGUCAGAGGUUCUCAACCUUCCCCCAUCCCUCAGGGAAAUACUUAUUCGUGAGUGUGGCAAACUCCAACUCCUAUCAGGCCAGCUGGAUGGACUCCGAACACUAGAUAUUUGGGGAUGCCCAGAGUUGAGAUCACUGGAAUCUUGCUUGGGAGAGUUUUCAACCCUGGAACGCCUCAGUCUGAAAGAUUGCAAAAGCCUGGCAUCCUUGCCCGAUGGGCCACAAGCAUACUCAUCUCUCCGUCAUCUUCAAAUUACAUCAUGUCCAGGUAUACAGUCGCUUCCUUCAUCCCUGAAGAAGAGACCGGACAACCUCAUUCGUAAAUAUUUGGAUGCUCGUUACGAAGAUAAUGACCAGGAAGGAUAAACUCCUCGAGACCGAAGUUUUCAGGGGAAUACAAGAACAACUAUAUGGACGAGGUCACAAUUCCUGCGAGGGAGUUUUAUAAUGACCGAUCAAAUCUGAUGCACCCUAAGGAGUUGGUUUCGGAAUAAUAAAUACGAUAUGUGUAUGCACAAUAUGUCUAUAUAUGUGUAAUAUUAUUCAUAUAUGGGUAUACAUAAUACGUAUGAAUGAAGUACAAGCAAUAUAUAUAUA